GGUAUCAGAACUGAAGGUUAGCGUGGAUUGGUGGCGGGACGGGACGAACCGGGUUCUUCUGCCGGAAGCGGAAGUGAGAGUAGAAGUGGAGGAAAGAUGCAGGACCAUCAGCACGUGCCCAUCGACAUCCAGACCAGCAAGCUGCUCGACUGGCUGGUGGACAGGAGGCAUUGCAGCCUGAAAUGGCAGAGUCUGGUGCUGAUGAUCCGGGAGAAGAUCAAUGCUGCCAUCCAAGACAUGCCAGAGACCGAAGAGAUUGCUCAGCUGCUCUCUGGGUCCUACAUUCACUACUUCCACUGCCUAAGAAUUGUGGACCUUCUCAAAGGCACUGAGGCCUCCACAAAAAAUAUUUUUGGCCAGUACUCUUCACAGCGGAUGAAGGAUUGGCAAGAGAUUGUAGCCCUGUAUGAGAAGGACAACACUUACCUAGUGGAACUCUCUAGCCUCUUGGUUCGGAAUGUCAACUACGAGAUCCCCUCACUAAAGAAGCAGAUCGCCAAGUGCCAGCAGCUCCAGCAAGAAUACAGCCGCAAGGAGGAGGAGGGCCAGGCUGGGGCCGCUGAGAUGCGGGAGCAGUUCUACCACUCGUGCAAGCAGUAUGGCAUCACGGGAGACAAUGUCCGAAGAGAACUUCUGGCCCUGGUGAAGGACCUGCCUAGUCAGCUGGCUGAGGUUGGUGCAGGGGCUCAGUCCCUGGGCGAAGCCAUUGAACUGUACCAGGCCUGUGUAGGAUUUGUGUGUGAAAGCCCCGCGGAGCAGGUGUUGCCCAUGCUGCAGUAUGUGCAGAAGCGGGGAAACUCGACUGUGUACGAAUGGAGGACGGGGAAAGAGCCCUCUGUGGUGGAGCGGCCACACCUUGAGGAGCCUCCCGAGCAAGUGGAAGAAGAUGAGAUUGACUGGGGUGACUUUGGGGCAGAGGCAGCUUCCAGCCCCAACAUCUCUACUGAGGCUACUGGAAUCGACUGGGGCAUCUCCCUGGAGUCAGAGUCAAAGGACCUUGGGAGUGAUGGGAUAGACUGGGGAGAUGAUGCCACUGGUUUGCAGAUCACAGUGCUGGAGGCAGGAACUGAAGCUCCAGAAGGUGUUGCUAGAGGCACAGAUGCUCUGACACUUCUUGAAUAUCCUGAGACCCGGAAUCAGUUCAUUGAUGAGCUCAUGGAGCUCGAGAUCUUCUUGUCUCAGAGAGCAGUAGAGAUGAGUGAGGAGGCCGACAUCCUGUCUGUGAGCCAGUUUCAGCUGGCUCCUGCCAUCCUGCAGGGCCAAACCAAAGAGAAGAUGGUUAAUAUGGUGUCCACGCUACAGGAUCUCAUUGGCCGGCUCACCAGUCUUCGAAUGCAACACCUGUUUAUGAUUCUGGCCUCACCAAGGUAUGUGGACCGCGUGACAGAGUUCCUCCAGCAAAAGCUGAAGCAGUCGCAGCUGUUGGCUUUGAAGAAAGAGCUGAUGGUACAGAAGCAGCAGGGUGCCCUUGAGGAGCAGGCGGCUCUGGAGCCCAAGCUGGACCUGCUGCUGGAGAAGACCAAGGAGCUACAGAAGCUGAUCGAAGCUGACAUCUCUAAGAGGUACGGCGGGCGCCCCGUGAACCUGAUGGGGACUUUUCUGUGACGUACUCUCUCGGUGUUUCACCUGCCCCUCUUCCCAGCAUUGAAAUGGCAGCAGAGCCAGGGCUGAUUGUGGUGGAUCCUUCCCAGCAAGAAACCAGACUGACUGGAAGAUUGAGAGCUCUGGGAAGGAACUACCAUCGGAUGGUGGCCUCAACACUCUCUUGGCUCACUGCAAACAGCAGUCUUGACUGGCCUCGUGGCUUACCAGCCUGGAACCACAGCUGCUUCUAGCUAGUUGAACUGGACUUAAUAAAAGGGAAAGACUCUUG